AAAUGCUAGGUCAGCGUUUCUUAUCCAUACAAAGACACAGCGUGUCCAUUGCCGAUCGAGGAGGUCUCUACAGUCGCCAUGAACACAAGGCAGUGCUAGUAGAAGGUCACUGCGGGUCCAUUAUCAAGUAGCUAUAGAGUGGAAUCAUGUUGGAGAGACUAGCAGCAUGGUUUCUCAACACGUAUGUUGCAGAGUACGUGGGUAACGUGGUCACGGAUCAGCUCUCCAUCGGACUGCUCAAAGGAGCGGUGGAGCUGGAGAAGCUGCCACUAAAGAAAGACGCUCUCAAGAAACUAAAGCUACCAGUGGACAUCAAGUCAGGCUACAUUGGCAAACUGAAGCUGCAGAUCCCAGUGAGUUUCAUCAAGAGUCAGCCGUGGGUUGUACAGAUUGACCAGCUGUACAUAGUUGCUGGGCCAACACAGCCGGGGGCAUACAAUGAAGAGGAGGAAGCUGCUCGAAAGGAGACAGUCAAACAAGCACUACUAGCUAAACUAGAGAAAGAAUGGAAAACAGAGCAACAAACGAACAAGGGGAGUUGGUGGUUUUUGUCCCCACUCUCUGUCUCAUUGCCCUCCAACGUCAUCGCUAACCUGCAGAUAAUAGUGAAUGACGUUCACAUCCGCUAUGAGGAGCCUCUCCCUGGGGGGCCAUUCACUGUGGGGGUUCUACUCAACAACAUCUCAGCACAGUCAACUGAUGAGGACUGGGAGCCUCGGUUUGUGUCUGGAGAGGAGAAGGCGUUUAAACUAGUGGACCUGAAGGACUUCACCGUCUACUCUGAUUCUGAGCUGUUUGGAGAGCUGGAGGGACAGGCCUUGGUGGACUCCAUGCUGGUGAAACAUGGCUCAGUGCUAACUCAGCAAGAUCCUAUGACGGCCAGCACCCUCCUCGGAGUCACGCCCACCUGUCAAUGCCUCGUUAAACCCGUGAGCGGGCAAGCAAAACUCACAAGAAACUGCUCUAAAACACCACUCAAAAUCAGCGAUGGCCCACGGGUACAUCUAGACAUUAAACUGGACGAGAUCCCAGUACAGUUGUCAGACACACAAUACGAAGCAUUGGUUCGAGUUUCUGAGGCUUUUGGAUUAAGAGUUCGUGCGCGGAGGUUUCAACGCCGACGUCCGUUAGUGGGCGUGGCAGGAAAUGCUCGAGAGUGGUGGUGGUUUGCUAUAGAGACUGCCCUUGAGAGGAUUCGACAAAGGAACAAAACUCAAUCUAAAGAUUUUGCUCUAGAGAGGGCCCGUCAGAAUGUCGUGUAUGUGUCUGCUUACGUGCAGCAUUUGACGCAGGAGGUCUUGUCGGAGGAGACAAAGGAGGAGAUGAAGUCAAUAGAGGCGGAGCUUAGCUAUGAACACCUUGCAGUACUGAGGAAGGUUGCAAUGGCUAGGGUCAAGAAGCAGCAAGGUCUUGUGCAGGCUGUCAAGAUGAAGCUGGCGGCAGAAGCGUCCAAUCAGGGCAUUCUCCAGAGGUGGUUUCCGGGGUGGGGUCAACAGCCACACCCACCACCCUCGGACACAGAGGAGGGAGGCAACGACGACACCGACACCAUCAGCCUAUCAGAAGAAGAUGAACUGAUGAACGAACUAGGCUACGAAACUGAAGACACAGUUUUUGUGCGAGAUCGAAUUUUCCUUACUCUCUCAUUCACACUCUCCGGAGGAUCACUAAAACUACUCACAACGCCCACUCCGCCCACCAUCUCUUUCUUUGGUCCGGAGCCGCUACUGGAGCUCGGUUUCUCUUCACUCUGCUGCUCUGUUGACUUGAGGCCUCGGCUACGCUACGCCAUGCUGGACCUCUCCCUGGGUAGUCUAUCAGUGCAAGACCACACUGACCCGGAGUCUCUGUUCCCUGUACUUGUGAACCCAAAGGGAGGCGAGGUGAGUGGUGAUAGGACACCAUUACUACAGCGACAGUAUACAGUACUGGACCCCCUGGAUGCCACACCCACCUCCUCCGCCCUGUUUGAGCUCAAACUGGUUGCCGAGGAACUCAACCACGCCAAACACUACCAAGUUCAUGUACAGUCCAAACCGCUGGACAUAGUGUACAACCCUGCCACGAUUAGUCGCCUCAAGCACUUCCUGACCACCCCCCAUGGAGGGCGUGGCACAGUGGUCAUGCUGAGUCAGCAGAUACAAGACCAGACGACGGCCGGACUCAGGAAUAAACUAGAGGACAUUCUCGAGGGAGACGCCACGACGAGUGGGCGCAGUGUAGUGACUAUCAAGAUGGACAUCUCUGCCCCUCGUAUUAUUCUGCCUGAGGACUUCAACAACCCGGACUCUUCUCUGGUUGUGCUUGAUCUUGGUCAUGUGACGCUGGGAAAUGUAUCUGAUUGGUCGUCUGAUGAGUUGGGGGUGGAGCCUCACUUUAGUGGAGACGACGACGAAGACGAUGAUGACUUGUUCCAAACUCCGCCCUCUUCUCCACCCAGUGAGGAAGAAUUUACCGACAGUGAGCCACACCCACUCCCUCAGAUGAACCAAUCAGAUGUCAGACGGAGGCAGACUGACCCGUAUGAGCGCUACCUAUUGCGAUUAUCUGAUCUUCAAGUGCUCGUGGGCAAGGCCGGCGGAAAGUGGAAAGAAGCCAUACGAACAGGUCACAGUUCAAUGCACCUCCUCGACAAGUUCACGCUAUUGUUCCAGAUACAGAGAGCUGUACACCCAGUUCCCGGGAGUCUAGCGCCCAUCACUAGUCUCGCUGCCAGUCUGCCCUCCCUCAAGUUCAACAUGGAUGAGGAGAAGGUACAGACCGUAAUCUCUUGUCUCAGUGCCAUGAGUGCUACAGAAGACGACGCUAAUGAGACUACUACGCCCAUACCUCCUGUGGACGAUGCCCCCCUCUCAGACUCUAUCUACCAAUCAGCUUAUCUCCCCGAGGACAUGCCGGGCAUACCCACCAUCCAAGCAUCAUUGUACCAUUCAGCAAUUGACCCUUUUCAAGAAUCUAGAGAGGAAUUGAGUUUUGUUGAGGAUCUUGACAGAGAGGGGGUGGCAGACACGACAGAAGUGGGUGGAGCCAAAGAGAGGAAACAAAGAAAGAAUUUGAUAUGCCGAGAGAGACAGUUUUGUGCCCAGUUGGCCAUUAAUGAAGUGCUACUCAGUAUCUGCAGUCGAGGACGGCUUAUCACUGAGCUAAGGGUACCUGGCAUUAAGUUUGGCUUUGUCAAACGCCCGUAUGACAUUGGUCUGCAAGUUCAAGUGGAGGACCUGUUUCUAGUUGACCCCAUCCCUUCGUUUGGUGCAGGCAAUGAGUUGGUCAUCUGCUCCAGUGGAAGCAAGCUAUUCGACUUACCAACUACAUCUUUAGACUCCACCCAACCAGCCAAAGAUACUACAACCAGUCUACUCUCCCCACACAUACACCCUGCAGAUGACACGUCAGAAGAUCAGCAAGAACUGGACUAUUCUGUCUUCUCAAACGACGGUCUCCCUAUUGAGUUAUUCAGCACCAGUUUGGAGGAGAAUGAUCACGCUCUAUUGGUCCUCUCGUACAGCCUGCUGACACCGGAUUCCCCCCAGCACCCCGCCACUCGGGACUGGGAUGACGAGACUCCCAGUCCUGUGACAGACGAGCCCAACAUACACAGAGUCAGUCUACAGUGCACUGCAGUGGACGCUAUUGCCAAUCAGGAGGUAGUGCUGGAACUCAUCAGUUUCUUCCAGAGGGCUCUUCCCGAGGAAGUGUGGAGUGGCGGGGGCAAGAGGAGAGAGGAGGAGGAGCACCCUGACAGAGAAGAUCAGCAUCUUAGUACAGAACAGGCUCCCAGUAAACCCCUACACACGGAACUCAAUAUCAAAUUCGAGCGAUUGGGAAUUCGAUUUCUGAGGAGAAUGGCGUCUAAAAACCAGCAGCAGCUGUCGACACUACUUGUGUCAGAGAUCAUGUUGUACGGACUUGCCGUAGAGGGUACUGUCAGUACGGACGUUCUAAUACAAGGAAAACUGGAGGGCAUACGAAUCACUGAUCUAACGUCCGUGGGAAAGAAAUAUUCAAAUAUUUUAUUAAUGGGCACUGGGAGUGGCUUAACACAGGAAACCACACCCACAACAGAGGACCUAGCGAAAAACAAUCUGUCGUUUUCAAUUGGUCGCUCUCUGCGACCUAUGAACUCUAUACAGCUGAGUCGGCAAUUUGAUAUCCAUCUCGGUGCUUUCAUACCCACCAUACAAUACACACACUCAGUAAAUUUUGUCUACGAAAUGGAACUUUUUGUUUCGGCCUUCAAAGCCUACUCUACGGUUGUGAGCAACUCGUUUAAAACGGCGGCAGUGGGUGUGGCCAAGGGCUUCGUGAGCAAGGAUAGUAAACUGAUGGUGGGGUUGUCCAAAAUACACUCAUCUUUCGGGCGGAGUAAGAGUCACGAACAUCACAGCUUCAUUUCAGAAGACUUUUCUGAUACUGAGGAUUUCGAUGGAGAAGAUAUUUCAAUUAACGAAUCAAAAGACAGGAUAUAUUUCGAUUUUUCCGUCCAGUCACCAGUGAUUGUUAUUCCCAGUUCUCUAAAGAAAGAAAAUUGUUUGGUUGCCCAUCUCGGUGAGAUCACAGUUAGCAAUGAGUUUAUCGUUCCGAGCAGAGUCGCCGUGUCGUCGUCUACUGCCUCCCCCUCCGCGGUGGUAGAUCGACUCACUAUCUCGGUGUCGCGUGUGUCCCUCCAUGCCACCAGAGACGAAAUCAGUCGCCAUCAGCUACUCUCCUUCGGCAGUGAGGGAAUUCUCUCCCCCGGCUCAGUCAAAUGUUUCAAGGUUCUACGAGAAACGAGUGCAAUACUACAAGUGGAUAGACGGCUGGAACAGCUGGACACUAGUACGAGCGAACAAGGGGAGGGGUCAGAUCUGGUGAUAACGGGGAAAAUUUGCGAUCCUCUUCUUGUGAAACUACCAAAGGACGUUUUCGAUCAAAUACAGUACACGAUUAAACACGGCAUUCGAUAUAAACCAAACCCAUCCCCCCCACAAACUAAAACGUUAUCGGAGGAGACGGAUAAUUCUGAGAACACAGCGGGCAGUAUGCCGACAGCGAAUGGAGAUCCUUUACCCAGUGUGUACGCUUCUUUCUCACUACCUAAACUAUCUCUAGAGCUUAAGCACACUCUGGAAGGCAAAGAGAAGAAUUUGGUGUACAUUUCAUUUGAUGGUUUCUCCGUUCAAUGCAACAAACGUGAACCAUAUGUGAUGAGUUUCAAUCUGCUACUGAAAAGCAUAGUAAUUGAGGACCUGCUUCAACCGGAGCACUCUGAGUACCGCUACAUCUUGGCGUCAUCAUUCAAGCCCCUCCCCAUGAUGUCUCCCGUACCCACCCCCUCCAAAAGCCUCGGCUCUCUCUCAGUCACGGGCAGUUUACCGUCUUUAUCGAGACAUUUUUUCCCCCUAUCACAGCUCAUGUCCACACCUAGACCCCCCACACGGCCGGUACCCUCCCCCCUGCGGAGCUUUAAUCCCCGUUCUGAGGAGGGCCUGGACGAGACAGCUGCUGAUGUGGGGGGCUCCACGCCGGGGGGUAGCGAGGGAGGGUCCACGCUGGGGGAGGAGAGUGAAGUAGGGGAUGAUCUACUGACCAUCAGUGCGCAGUUCAUUGACAAGAAGUGUCCAUACUUCAAUACCACUUAUAAAUCCGAAUCGCUUCAUGCAUCAGUGGACUUCAGCUCUGUGUACGUGAUCAUCAACCUACAGACGUGGGUGGUGCUCUUCGACUACCUCGGUAUCGGCAUUCCCACCCCGCCCCCCUCGAGAUCAGCCACCCCCGAACCUCCUCCGAUGACCGUCCCUAGCGAACACGUAAUGACUGGGUCCACUCAUAUCCCGAGUGUCGAUCGUUCCCUCCUCGAAGAUGCUAUGGAGUUCACAUCGCUCGGUUCUGACCCGUCCAUUAGCCUGUACAGAAGUGCCUGGCAAGACCUCCCGUCACAUGAUGAGACAGCUGUACCUAAUCAGCCGUCACCGGAGAAUAGCUUAUCGCCUCCUCUGAUAGACCCCCUCGAGGGAGAUGAGGACGGGAAAUCUGUCUGGGGGGUAGACGGCAAGAUGUGUGUGGGGGUUGAGUUGAGUGUUAAGUCUCUUACAGUCACAUUUAACAAGCUGGAGCACCCCCUGGCCCGUGGGAACGUGAGUCAUGUGACUGCACAGCUGAAGCUGAGUCGAGGGAACACUGAGAUCAAGGGUAUGCUGGGAGAGGCCUCUGUGGUGGACCUCACUGAGACGGGAGCAUACUACAAGGAGAGGUUCACAACAACUGGAGAAAAAGCUUUAACCUUCGAGAUAUUCAAGUAUGGCCGUCCUGACCCGUUCAUGGAGAGGCCCUAUGACAUCAUCAUCAAGGUGGUGAUGUCAUCAGUACGCUAUCUACACACCAACCGUUUCCUGAAGGAGGUGGUCUCUUUCCUCUCCCAUUUCCCACAACUCAUCGAUGCCUUCCAGCGGAUGAAAGCCAUGGCUCAGGGGAACUUGGUGUACCACGGCCCCGAGCGUAAGGGCAGAAUGUCUUAUGAUGUGGACAUCACAGGACCGCUCCUCCUCAUCCCUAAACAUGCCUUCUCCCCCGAACUGGUGGUGGGUGACAUUGGUCAUGUGACAGUCACUAACUCAAUCAGGUACGAUGGUGAAGAGGCCACCAUAUCACACAUGAGAAGGCAGGCUGGUCUGGACGAGAUACACUCCAUCACUGGCACACACUACGGCCCGCCCACACACUCCGAUACCCCCCUCCACAUUCUCUCCCCUCAGGCUAACGCCCUCUGUGUCGCCCAUGACCCCACGACCUCUCAACAAACGGACAGCAUCUCAAGAACAAGCUCUCUUUUUUCAAACACCUCUCAAACGAGGCAAGACGAUGACUCCAUGUUUGGAAGCUUUCAGAGCAACGCCACCGUAACAGCCGAGGAAGAUCGACGCAGGAUAGAGAAACAUCUCGAGGCUUUCAAAGGUCCCUGUCUAUUGGACUGUAUUGUGGUCGAUUUAUCAGACGUGGAUGUGUUCUCAGCUCGCAAAGUGAGGGGUAAGAGAGGAGGCCGGAUUAUGCGAGAACCAGGGGAGGUGCUCAAGGAGAAGGGAGCUGCGAAGCUGUUCAUUGAGAGAAAUCUCUAUCAUGAUUUCUGUAGAGAUGUGCCAGAAUUCCAAGUGGAGGGCAGGCUGGAGGCCAUCCACGUGCUCCUGGACAAGGGCCAGCUGGAGACAAUCAAAGGUCUGGUGGAGAUGAACCUCGGGGAGGGCAUUGAAGAGUUUGAGAAGCCGUCCAGCGUCAUCCACGACCCCAUUGCUGAGCCGAUAACUACAGACGUAUGGACCGGAUUCCUGUUCAGGAUGCAGUUUGUGGGCGUGACCCUCGAGCUCCUCCAGUCCCGAUCUAGCCCCGCCCACCCCACCUCCCUCACACGAUCACUGGCACGGUUCGAUAUCCAAGAGAGUGAGUUCUCAUUCGAGGCACGCUCCAACCAGUGUCAGACUGUCGACCUCACCUCCCACUCUGUGAUUGGCUACGAUACUCGCUAUGAAGAUUAUGCUCAUGAUGCUAAACCAAGUGUGUUUGAUGAAGUACUGAGACCAAGACACACCUCCUCACGUCUCCACGGUGACGACAACAAGAAAGCUAUCCAGGUGGAGAUCCACGUCACGCUAAGUCCGAAGCAGAUCAAAGCCUCCAUCUUGUUGAACAAACUCAGGCUUAUCGGAAUAUUCGAUCUCAUUCUAGAGCUAAAGAGAUUCGUGUUUGAUAAGCUACCAGAAGAAGAUGACUCAUUUGACGAGAUGGAUGCCCCCCACAUAGCUUCGUCUCUCCUUCAACAACAGCUGGCCUCGUACCGAGUUCCCCCAGGACACAGGGAGGAGAAGAAGCCACCUCGAGACGUUCUCGUUAAACUGAGCAUGACAGAGACUGACUUUGUGGUUGUCGAGGACACCAGACAACUGAGCUCCAACGCUGUCGUGCUCAAGUCGACCUUGAUUCUCAAGUUCCGGUCAGACCGUUCCUCAGAGAAGACCAUCAACUGUUCUAUAGACGGCCUUGAACUGUUCUCCUGUGCCCUGUGUAAUGAGGAUGAGACCGCCCUCUCCAUCCUGGACCCCGUCUCAAUCUCCGUGGACGUCAAACCACCCCCCACAUCAGGGGGCGGGACCUCCAGACCACCCUCCACGUCAGGGAGUGGGGACAAUGGGUCAGCUCAAGUGUUGGAGGUUGAGAUUCAGCAGUUGAACUUCCGUCUCUCUUACAACGACAUCAAGUUAUUCCUGGGCAUAGCUCAGUCUCUACCCCCCAUGGGUGCCACCGAGGUCAGGGAAGGUCCCCUCAGCCCAACAAACCAGGAUGUUGAUGAUAAUCUAGUCAAGAGAUUGCUACCACUCGGUUUUACCAAGUCCUCUAUUCGUAAGGAGCUCUAUUUCCAUGACAACGACCCUGAUGCUGCCGCUCUCAAACUGCUGAGUCGGCAGGAAAGCGUGACCUCCAGCGACUCCACCGACACAUUAGAUGGAGGAAACAACGAAGAAGAGAAUGAUAACGAAGGCAAACCCUUCACAAUCAAAAGCAUUCAGGUUCGUGUGGGUUCUGUGAGUGUGUGUCUGAUUGACGACAGUGUGAACAGGGACGUGCCGCUGUUUGACUUCUCGUUAGCGGACCUCCAGGUAGAGCACCACCUCCAAUCGACCAAUCAGGGAGUGGCGAGGGGGCUCUUUGCCGGGGACUACUACAACAGAGGAAUAUCGUCGUGGGAACCAGUCAUAGAGCAGUGGAGCCUCCAAGUGGACUGGCAGAUGAUGGCCAAGUACAGCACUGACUUGGACAGUAACGCCCGACCAGACAGAAUGUGCAUCUCUGUAUCAUCUAAAGAGAAGCUUUGUCUGAACGUGACCAGCUCCCUCAUCCAGAUCACCAGAGCCACUCAAGCCAGCUGGAGCCAGGACCUGCAGAGGCAGAGCAGACAAGGGUCUCCACAAUCACAGAGUAAUGUUGCUAAGCAGCCAGAGGAGCCGAGACCUGUGUCCAACGUGGAGAAGGGUCUGGCACUGCUCCACUCGGUACGCUUUGUGAGCCAGACACGGCAGAGAACACUCUUUGUCCCCUUCCUGUUACGUAACAGCACGGGACUGUCCCUCAGAUUCUCCACUUUGACCUCUGUACCCUCCAAGGUGUAUGUGAGCCCCUCUGCCCUCUACGAGAAAACGAGGGUAGGUGGGCGUGGCCCUGUAGGGGGUGGUGUGUCGAUGGAACAGAGCUCCGAGUGGAUGGAUGUGCCCAUCGGAGGAGAGAGGCCAUUUGACUUCAGGACCAAGGGCAAAAUAAGACACAGGGACACACGAGUGCUUGUAGUGCACCAGCUGAUGGUCAAGGUGGCCGGUUGGUUGCCCAUAACGAUCCCCAUAUCUGUCGACAAAAUCGGUGUCUUCUUUCGUGAGAUUUGGCCGACUAACGACUCUGAUCUUGACUCCGCCCCCGAGCUACCCCCUAAUCGUGACCCCGUCCGAUUGGUGUUUGCUAUCUCCCUUAGCGAUACACAGAAAGUGGUCAAUGUGCGAUCAGCUUUGGUCAUUGUCAACAAAAUGGAACUACCACUCGACGUGAGACUGGAUUCGAACAAGGACGACCAAUCAAAAGACUCGAAUCAGACCACCCUCCUCCCCACGCUACCGGUCAAAGGAUACACGGCUGUUCCACUUCACCUCACAUCGCAAAGCAUUCGAGUGAGGCCACACGGUUGGGCCGUGGAGCACUGUAGUCGACAAUUAGCCUGGAGGCAUGCCCUGGGCAAGCAACCCACUAGCCACACGAGAGAGUGUGUGGGCCCAGGGGCUCCCUUCAAAUUCUGUGUGAGCGUACAACGAGAGAAUUAUCCGCUAGACGUGUCCCCCCAGCAACCGUACCCGGCACACACUAUCACUCUGUAUCCACCGCUAACCCUUGCCAACCUGUUGCCGUGUGACCUCCAGUUUAGUCUGGUCGGUGAUGGAGUGAAGACAGUUGUCAGGAGGGGCAAGGAGAUUGCAAUCUACUCAGUUGACUCUAUGAAGGCCAUUGAGUUUAGAGUGGCAUUGGACGGCUUUGUCACCUGUCAGUCGUGUAUUGUUUCCACGGAUACGGUGGGUCGGCUCCAGAUGAUGACCCUAGAAGAUAGUAACCAGCGACCACUCAAACUCUCCGUGAGCUGUGAACCCGUGGGCGGAACUGCCAUCAAGGUAUCCAUCACUUGCACGUAUUGGCUUAUCAACCGUACGGGUCUACCGCUGGUGUUUAAUCAGGAUGGUGUAGGGGGCGUGGCAGCGGGACAGGGGGAGGAGAACGAGAGAGCCUCCACAACCACACCCCUUCUCUUCUCGUACUCGGACGGAGACUAUAUUGAAGCGUGUAUGAUGAGAUUGGGGAGUCAGUAUCGCUAUCUGGGUGGUGGUCAGCCCGUGUGGUGUGCUCCAUUUAGAAUGAUCAGCGGCAGCGGAAUGAUUCGUGUUUUUGUACGGGCCAAAGAUGGCCGCCCUGACAGGGAGUACCAGAUUGGAGUGGAUAUUCAACGUGGGCGGAGCCAGUACCAUGGGACGAGGGUGGUUACUAUGGUAGCACGUUAUCAACUCGAGAACAAGACCCAGUACAAGAUUUCCUAUCUACAGCGGCACCAGCUAGAGGAUCAUGAGAGACUGGUAGAGCAGAGGAGAGUGCCUAUGAUCAUGCCUACUGCCAUCGUGGCCUUCCACUGGCCAAGGAUUGACCUGGACCAACUACUGUGCAUCAGAGUUGAGGACGUGUCAGACUCUCAGUGGUCAGGGGGAUUCUCGCUAGACAAGGAUCGUUCAUUUCACAUCCUCAUGAGGGGGAGAUUCGGACACUCUGUGUUCGUACGUUGUGAGAUCACUCUGAUUGGAGCGGCCUAUCGGAUUGUCCUCUCUGAUGCCGCCAACUACCCGCCACCCUUUAGACUCGAGAACCUGUCACAAAUGCCUGUCGUUUAUCAUCAGAAUCGGACCAAAGAACUAUGCACUUUGAACCCUGGACAAUCAGUGCCGUACUCCUGGGACGAGCCCAUGUUGGGGGAGGUGCUCUGUUUGCAGGUGAAGGGAGUUGACGAGAUCAAAGAGUUUGAUUUUAACACUUUUGGCACUCGUGGUAAACUAUACUACGAGAGUUAUUUCUACGUGUGUGCCGUUGGCGGUGGUGAUAACGAGAGAAGGGGGGCGGGGCACUCUCAGCUAGUACUGGACGUACCUCAGGGAACAGCUGUCAUAUUCCAAAAAAAGGACACUGAUCGUCGGACCCAGCUAUGGAGAAUGUCCGCCUCUCGGCAGCUAGUACAUAUUGCCUCGUCCCAUCGCUCCGACUCUAACAUGGUCCUGGAUAUUGCUGGUGGACGAUUACCGGAGAGGGUGGGGUUGAGUGUGCCCCUGGUAAUCAAACGAGCUAGUUCCACUCGAGCUCAGUGUCAGUCCUGGAGGUUCACUGAGGAAGGGCGGUUGCUAUUGGAUACCACCCCCCACCUCUGUGUUCAGAGCAAGCCCGGCUACGAAAGCUUAAGAGAAGGUGUUGAUGCUGUCCUUGGUUUUGUGACUGGUGGGUGUGUCCCCGCUGAGCAGAUGCUGCGUCGCUUGAAGCACUCCCCCGGCAGUGGUGUGCUGUCAGUGAGCGUCCAAUCAGAUGGCCCCACCAGAACACUCAGAGUCACAGACGUCAACACUAAGUACACGGACACUAGUCCCCAUAACGACUGGAUAGUUGUGGAACACGGUCUAGUAGCUCCCGCCAAGUCCUCUGAUGUCGACAGUUGCCAUGACAAUAGCUGGGAUAGCGAGGAAGGAGACGGAUCAUCACUAGAAAUGGAGCUAUCGCUGGUGCUGGAGGAAGGAGUGGGCGUGUCCCUCAUCAACUCUGUACCUGAGGAACUCAUCUUUGCCACCUUGUCAGGGAUUAGAGUUGACUUCAUCUCCUCCUCCAUUCAUCAAUGUCUCAACGCUACUGUGCAGCACAUACAGGUGGACAACAACCUGGCUGGGUCUAACACGCCGGUGCUGGCCUACCCCACACCUCCACCCUCGGGGGACAUAGAGUCCAGUUACCCCAUCCUCAAAGUAGUGGCUGAGAAGGUCCCUCACAAGUCACCCUUUGCACAGGUCUUCAAGCUGCUUGAAGUUAAAGUUCGUGAUGUGACGCUCCUCUUGGAAGAACGACUGUUGUUCAAGUUGCUCCAGUGGGCUGGGCUAGGACAAGCCAAGGAGGAGGAGGCUGCGAAAGAGGAGGAGAUGAUGACCAUGCUUACGCUGCACAGGACUAGCCCUCCGUUGAGUUCAAAGUUCGGCUCUAUGCAGAUCUACUUUGAGCACAUACGGAUCUCGGACAUAGAGCUACGUGUGAGCAUGCUCACUACCUCACAGCUGCCACUCGACUUGCUCAAGAUAAAACGUCGUCUCGGUUUUCCCCUCGUCAAGUUUGAGUCUCCCAUCUAUUUGGAUGGCUUCCACCAGGCACACACACUAGGGGGCGUGGGUCUGUACGUGGACUCCCUCACCAAGCACUACAAAGGAGUUGUGAAGAGCCAGUCCAUCAAGAUCCUGGGCUCUGUGGAUUUCCUAGGCAACCCUGUGGGGCUGCUCACGGACGUAGCCUCAGGGGUCACUGGUCUCAUAGCAGCACAGCCGGAUGUGUUUGGAUUGGUGAGAGAUGUCACCCACGGCAUGUCCGAUACCACCUCAAAGUUGACGGGCACAGUGUCUCACAUGUUUGGACAAGCGACUCUGGACUCGAGUUACCAGGAAGAGAGGGAGCAGAUACGGGAGAGUGCUCAGAGCAGUAGUGACCAUUUCAAGGCCGGCCUCAUGGGGCUGUCAAGUGGUGUGUUUGGGGGCGUGACCUCCAUCCUCACUCAGCCGUACAGGGGAGCACAAGAGUACGGCAUCGGGGGUUUCCUGGCUGGUAUUGGGAAGGGUAUGAUUGGCACUGUGGCCAAACCAGUCGCUGGACUGUUUGACUUUGCCUCAGGCACUACGGCUGCUCUCAGAGAGACGACUAGUCGAGUGUCCCGUUACACUCCGACCCCUGUCCGUCACACCCGCUGCUGUGUGGGGGCGAGUGGAGCACUCACUCCCUACUCUAUAUCUCAGGCGAGGGGACAGGAAUAUCUCAUGAGGCUCACAGACGGGGAGGUCAGCGAAAAAUUGGUGUCAUAUGAGCUACUCUACGAGUGUCCGUCCAAUCGGAAGGACCGUAUGAAAGUGAUCAUCUCGUCCCAGUUCCUCUACUUCUUCCGAGACAGUCCCCCCGACCCCAAGACCCUCGACUCUCGUGUGCCCCUCGACGAGCUCGCUGAGUGCAGACCAGCCAAGGGGAAAUCAAGCAUCCCCACUGUGUAUAUAGUGCUGUCCCUCAUUGACAAGGACGCCUCGUAUAGGGCUCCCAAAUACAAGUGCUCGGACGAGAACAAAGCUCACAAGGUAGCUCAACUGAUCAACUAUGCCAAGAACUUUCACGAGGAAGAGAAGCAUGUUGUUAGAACGUUAAGGCUUCAGUGUGAGACAAUCUGGUAAAUAAUUAAUUUUUCAGUUCUCAUUUUUCUGUAUACUAAUUAUGAAUUGUUACCGAGGGCAUAAUAUAUACGCCCUUGUUGUUACUGUGGUAUUUAUUACAUGCCACAAUAAUUUAUUUAUUAGAGUCAA